AUGUCUGCACGACCUGAGCUCAAGGUCGACGACGAGCAUGGAUUCAUCCGCUUCUUCAAAUCUCUCCCAGCCAACGAUGAGGACUUGAUUCGUAUUUUUGAUCGGGGAGAUUGGUACACCGCACACGGCGAAAACGCCAACUUCAUUGCACGAACCGUCUACAAGACUACCUCAGUUGUACGACAGCUUGGACGCAAUGACCACACCGGACUUCCUUCGGUUACCAUGACCGCCACCGUUUUCCGACAGUUUCUUCGCGAAGCCCUGUAUAAACUGGGGAAACGGAUCGAGAUUUGGGCGAGCCCCAACGGGCGGAUGAACUGGAAGGCCACUAAACAUGCUUCCCCUGGCAACCUUCAAGAUGUUGAAGAGGACCUAGGAAGCCUCGCCGAGGCAGCACCCGUCAUUCUGGCCGUCAAAAUCUCGGCAAAGGCGUCAGAGGCACGGGCUGUGGGAGUAUGCUUCGCGGAUGCCAGCGUUCGGGAACUCGGGGUCAGCGAAUUCCUAGACAACGAUCUCUAUUCCAAUUUUGAAGCACUUCUCAUUCAACUCGGCGUAAAAGAGUGCCUCAUAACGAUGGAAAAGGCGGACAAAGAAAGGGAUCCAGAACUCACCAAGCUGAAGCAAAUCAUUGACAGCUGCGGCGUUGCCAUUUCUGAGCGCCCAAUGGCCGAUUUUGGAGUCAAGGAUAUCGAACAAGAUCUGGCAAGGCUGUUGAAGGAUGAAAGGUCCGCCACAUUACUCCCCCAAACGGACCUGAAACUUGCUAUGGGCUCAGCAGCGGCCCUGAUCAAAUACCUCGGUGUUCUUCACGACACCUCCAACUUCGGCCAAUAUCAGCUGUAUCAACACGAUCUUGCUCAGUUCAUGAAGCUAGACGCGGCCGCACUUAAGGCUCUCAACCUAAUGCCCGGGGCAAGAGAUGGCGCGAAGACCAUGAGCUUGUUCGGUUUGCUGAAUCAUUGCAAAACCCCGGUCGGGAGCAGGUUGCUAGCGCAGUGGCUCAAGCAGCCCCUGAUGGAUAAGGACGAGAUUGAAAAGCGUCAACAACUUGUCGAGGCGUUUGCCAACGACACAGAACUGCGUCAGACCAUGCAAGAAGAGCAUUUGAGGUCGAUUCCCGAUCUGUACCGUCUUGCAAAGCGGUUCCAGCGAAACAAGGCGAAUCUGGAGGACGUGGUCAGAGCCUACCAAGCAGUCAUUCGCCUUCCUGGAUUCUUGGGCACGUUUGAAGGCAUCAUGGACGAAACAUACCGGGAUCCCUUGGAUGCGGCCUACACCAACAAGCUCCGCGAGUUAUCCGACAGCUUGGUCAAGCUGCAGGAGAUGGUGGAAACCACGGUUGACCUCGACGCACUCGACAACCAUGAGUUCAUCAUCAAGCCGGAGUUUGACGACAGCCUGCGCAUCAUCCGGAAAAGGCUCGAUAGGAUACGCACUGAAAUGGACCGGGAGUACGCCGAGGCCGCCAGUGACCUAGGUCAGGAGCGGGACAAAAAGAUAUUCCUCGAAAACCACAAGGUUCACGGCUGGUGUAUGCGGUUGACCCGCACGGAAGCCGGUUGUAUCCGGAACAAGUCGAGGUACCUCGAGUGCUCAACACAAAAGAACGGCGUUUACUUCACGACCAAGACGCUACAGGGGCAUCGCCGCGAGUUCGACCAGCUGUCUCAAAACUACAACAGGACCCAGAGCGGUCUGGUGAAUGAGGUCGUCGGUGUUGCCGCUUCCUACAGUCCAGUUCUUGAGAGACUUGCGGGUGUGCUUGCCCACUUAGAUGUGAUUGUGUCCCUUGCGCACUGCUCCGUCCACGCCCCCGUCUCCUAUGUCCGCCCAAAAAUACACCCUCGCGGAGAGGGCCAAACGAUUCUGAUGGAAGCCCGCCACCCUUGUCUCGAAAUGCAAGACGACGUUCAGUUCAUCACCAACGACGUCGAGCUAACGCGGGACAAGUCCUCCUUCCUCAUCAUCACAGGCCCCAACAUGGGUGGCAAGUCGACUUAUAUCCGCCAGAUCGGCGUGAUCGCGCUCAUGGCACAAAUCGGCUGCUUCGUACCAUGCAGCAGCGCUGAACUGACCAUCUUCGACAGCAUUCUGGCACGUGUGGGCGCCAGCGAUAGUCAGCUCAAGGGCGUGUCCACAUUCAUGGCCGAGAUGCUUGAAACAGCCAACAUCCUCAAGUCAGCAACAGCCGAGAGCCUCAUCAUCAUCGAUGAGCUCGGCCGCGGCACGUCGACCUACGACGGCUUCGGCCUCGCCUGGGCCAUCUCGGAGCACAUCGUCAAGGAAAUCGGCUGUUUUGCCCUCUUCGCCACGCAUUUUCACGAACUGACCGCGCUCGCCGACCAAGCCCCGCAGGUCCGCAACCUACACGUCACAGCGCACAUCAGCGGGACAACCGACGCAUCCGCCAAGACCACAAAAACCAAGCAAGACGAAAAACGCGAGGUCACCCUCCUUUACAAGGUCGAGCCUGGCGUCUGCGACCAAAGCUUUGGCAUCCACGUCGCCGAACUAGUCCGUUUCCCGGACAAGGUCGUGCGCAUGGCCAAGCGCAAGGCUGACGAGCUCGAGGAUUUCACGUCGGCGAAAGACGGCAGCGGUGCCGCUGCCAUUCCCGCGCCGCCCGAGGCCGCAUACACCAAGCGAGACGUGGAAGAGGGCAGCGCAUUGCUCAAGGACGUGCUUGUGCGUUGGAAGGACGAAGUACGUGCCGGAACCAUCUCCAAGGAGGAAAUGGUCGCGCGGUUGAAAGAGUUGGUGGGAAAUGACGCCAAGUUGUUGGCGAAUCCCUUUUUCCAAAGCGUGAAGGCGUUGUAG